AUGGAUUCCAAUUCAUAUACACCGUUAGGAAAUUUUGUUGACCUUCUGAAUAGUUUGCAAGACAAUGUCUUUGGUUAUGUCCAAGAUAGUGUUGAAGUUUCUUCCUCCCAAGUCCCUCUCUUUAGCAGUCAACCAACCGACGAAGAGACUCCUGCAGAGCGUAAAGAAAGGAGGGCCUGGACGGCAAUUGAUGAUGUUACCCUCAUUAGCGCUUGGUUAAACACUAGCAAAGACCCGAUGGUAGCUAACGAGCAAAGAGCUGGUGCGUUCUGGAAAAUGAUUGUUGCACUUUGCAGCAAGUCCCAAGCAACUAGAGAGAAAAGUAACAGCCAAAAUGAGAACGAUGUUCUCAAACAUGCGCAUGAGAUCUUCUACAACAACCACAAAAAGAAGUUGACUCUUGAGCAUGCAUGGAAGGAGUUGAGGAAUGACCAGAAAUGGUGUGAAUUCUCUAGUCCUAAAACCACAACAAGCGAUGAGCAAGCAACCAUUCGUCCCGCGGGUGAUAAGGCAUCAAAGCGCCAUGGUAAGAAGACGAUGGCAGAUGGUAAGGCGCUGAAUGAGUUUGAGAGUAUGUGGAGGAUCAGGAAGGAGGAUUUGGCUGCCAAAGAGAGGCUGACAAAGAUGAGGCUACUUGACUCAUUAAUCGGCAAAGAAUAUCUAGCCGAGUAUAAAGUAGCUUUCAAGAAGAAGCUCAUUGAUGAGCUUCUGUCAAAUUAG